AUGACUCCCACAGCUGCUUCCCUGGAGAAGAAGCGACUGCGCGAUCGACGUGCCCAGCAUGCCGCCCGAGCACGUCGUGACACCCAGCUGCAAGCACUCCAGCAACGCGUGGAGCAGGGUGAUAAAAUACAGGCACAGCUUGAGGUUGAGGUGCAGCAGCUCCGUACUGCCCUGGAUACUCUCCGCGCCGAAAACCUUCAGCUUCGUCGUCAACACACGGCCGCUAUCGAGCUCCUCUCCGGCAGCAGCGAGUUGAUACAGGAAGGCGCCAAUGGCCAGAUAUCUCACCAUCAUAGCUCGCCAAGUCUCCCUCAAAAGCAGCUGGAUGACUGCAGCCCGUCCUCGACGUGGAGCCGAGUACCACAAAAUUUCCCGGAGGACAGCCUGUCAGCGAGCCUGAUGCCCUGGUUGUUAUGUCCUGCUGUGGUAACACAUCUAAGUGACACGCCCUGCGGCCCCGAUAUAUUGUAUGGCAGUCAUACAAACCCGUUGAGUAACGCAAUCCACAUAGCCUUCUCUUGUGCACUGCACGGUACCCUUAAUGACCCUGAACGCCUCGCCCUCGGAUAUCUUACCUACAUUGUCUCGAAAUGGCGUGUGGAACCCUCGCAAGAGCGCUUUGAUCGCUUGCCAGAGUUCAUGCGCUCUACCCAACUCCAAACUAGCCAGCCACACCAGGCCAUAAUUGACGGCUGUAUCUGGCCACGAAUGCGGGACAAUCUCAUCGAACAAAACCUGCCAGAUGCUCAAAUUCACUCCAAGAUUGGUUACAUGAUCUCUGCCAUGAGGCUAACGUGGCCCAAGAACAUGACUCUGUUGAGACCACGACCAGAUGGGGAGCUCUGCAUCCGCACCGACUUCAUACAGACUUUCAUGCGGCUGGAGAACUGGUCUCUUACCACCGAGUUUGUCUCAGAACAUUCUGACAUGGUGAGCUGCAUGUCUUGGUCGCCCAUGCCAAGCCAAGAAUCUCCUGAUGAGCACAGUCGAGUGAGGAUAGUCCCUACUGUUCAUGAAUAG